UUUCACACAUUAUUUGCAGGCUAACUAAGCCACCGACCAGGGAACUCUGGAUACGGCGAGAGGUUUAGGACAUCUCUAAUGUUCAGCUUCAAUUUAGCCGAGAAUAGCGGGUCCAGUCCCCAGAAACGAGGAGGGAAGAACUCCACUGUCCCAGCCCCAGCUUCGUUGCUACUCAUACAAUUCUUACAAACGCCCACCAUAUGACGUCUAUUAGAUUCACCGGUAGUGAAUGACGUCAUAGCGAGUAAAUAAAACUCAGCGUGUAGGAGAGAGAAGCGGCAAUCGUUGUAGCUCUGAGAAUAGGAUCUCUGCCGAUUCUCUGGACAGACAAUGAGAGUUCUUCACGUCCUCCCUGUGGCCUCUUUGGCACUUCUGUUGUGCCUGUGGGCCUCCCCUACAAUCGCCACCUCUUACGUCCUCUGUCCGUCCGCUGACGAGACAAUCACCGAGGAGUCCCCCUGCCCGACAGAGUGCUACAGUGACACCCAGUGUGAGAGCAACGCCUCCCUCUGCUGCCCCACUUCCAACUGCGGUCGCCAGUGCCUGGCUGGAGUAACGGUUCCCCACACUCCCCCGGUCGUAGCCUGUCUGUACGCGGACCCUGAUACCGUCGGAACCUGCGCAGAGUUCUGUAGCUCUGACUCUGAUUGUGUCGUCGACGGUGAAAUAUGUUGCCCCAAUAGCUGUGGUCACACAUGCACGAGUGGUACACCGGUGACCCCGAUAUGCCGGGUAAUCUUGGAGAGCCGCAACGGGACGCAGCCGCGAAUCGGGGAGUACGUCCCGCAGUGCGAUGGGGAAGGGAGAUUCGCUGAGGCCCAGUGCCACGGCUCCACUGGCUACUGCUGGUGUGUCAGACCUGAUACAGGGGAGCCGGUUGGGACUGCCAUAAGUCGACAACCACAGUGCAACAACUGUUCCCACAAUGGCCAGGUGAACUAUCCCGGGGACACUUUCCCAAAUGACUGCAAUACUUGUACAUGCUUUGAAGAUGGCUCAUUCGCUUGUACUGAAAUUGGAUGUGGCCAUUAG